AUGGAUAUAAAAAGGGAAAUCCUCGAACAGUUGACCAGCAGUGAACGCAGCAGUUUCGCCGACAGCAUCGCGUAUGGAAUAAAGCUAUGGAAGUCGCCCAGCUUUUACUACAUGUCGAAGUAUGAAGUGAUAUUUCAGUAUUUCCUCGACAAUGUGGUGUCGUACUUUAACGAGCUAAACUUCCUCGAUGAGACCGAGUUUAACGAACGUUGGCAAAUCGUCAACACGUUCCUGCUGCUGCCAUGCCCCUCCAAUGCUCUUCCCGCGUCGAUGGUGAAUGGCUUAGAACAAACGCUUCAAACACUGUGCCAUCGAGCCGACCGAAGGGAACAACUGCUGGAAAGCGUUGUAAUUGCUGCGGUCGAUGUGAAGUACAAAAAUUUUUACAAAUUCGAUGUGCACGCUUACGCUGCCAUGCUCGGCGUCACCCUGAAGUACUACACAAAUUGUCUGAUUGAGCCUAGAUCGAAGGAAGAGGAAGAAAAGAUUGCUGAUCGGAUACUGAGUGACAUUAGAAUGUAUCUCAAAUCGGCUUCCGGCAACGAAAAGUGGUAUGAUGCAUUCGACAAGUUCGUAACACCUCUAUCUGAAAUGGUGCUGCAGCUGGAAAAGCAUGGCAUCGAGCGUCGCAAGGAAUUGUUGGACUUUUUCGAACAGGUGUACUUCACGCAUCAACGUGUCACCACGUACAAUCGCACGGUCGAGGGUAACAGCAGGUCGCACGUGUUUAUGGGCCAUUUCGAUGCGGCACAUUAUCCACUGCACGUAAUUGCACUACUGAUGGAAGGUUUCCUGCGUGCGUACCGGGAUUUAAAGUUGGAAAUUUUGUUCUUCCUGAAACACUAUCUGCAGAAUGUAUUUGUGGAGCGUGAUUCGAUCGUGCACGAUGCUCAUAAAAUGUUUGCCCUAACGAGGCACGUGUUUACGCUGCUGAAGCGUUACUACAUCAUCGUCGAUCAGCAGCUGAUGGUGGACUUUAACUUCAUCGAAAUAUUGACCAGUAAAUUGAAGCAUCAGCUGGAGGUUUGCUCAGCAUACGAACCGUUUCUGCGCGAUUUGCUUGAGCUGAUCGGUGCAAUUAAUGAGUAUAAUCCGCUCAUACUCGAGCAUAGUAUCGUGGACAUUGUGCUGCAGGUGAUGUUUAUGAAGAAAGAUCCGGAAACGCUAAAAUCCUUCCAGACGAUGCUCAUAUCGACGGUGAACAUGUUUAUGAAGCUUAACAAAAGUGAAAAUCUUUGCGACGAGCUGUUUAUGAAGCUGGCCGAUUAUCUGGACGAAAAUGAGCUGGAUGAAACGAUACGCGAACUGCGGACGGUAAAAACAUUUCAGAAGCGGAAGUCCGGUGUGGAUCGUAGUUGUGAAACGCCGAAGAAAGCGAAACUUGCGCAUGAAUCGGAACAAUACGUUGCCGGGCAAUUAUCGACGAAUAAGAAUGGUUUUUUGGACAUCCUUUUUUGCGCCACGUCUCGUGAUACUUCCAGCGAAACUCGGCAGCAUCGGUCGGAGGUGCAUAAUUUUUGGCCCGAAUUAACCUUCGCCUGGCCCGAUGCUGAUGGUCGGUUAGGUGAAGCGAUGAAGGAGUACACAAAGCAGCUCCUAACCAAGCGUAGUCUUUCGUACUGGAAAAUGUUUAUGGUGAUGCUGACCGAUCUGAUGGAACUACCGGAACAGACGGAAAGUAUCAUGCUGCAGGUGGAAUUGUCACUCUGUUGGAUGUGUUACUUCUUUGCUGGAAAUACGCUGAUUGAACAUUCCAACCUGUUCUGGUCACGGCUUGUCGCCAACGUUGAAGAGUUCGAUCAGCUGUUGGGCAACAUUGGACGGAAGCUAGUUUCGGAUGGGAAUGAAGAAUUCACCAGCCUUUACGGUGCAUUUUUGAACGUAGUUUAUUACUACGGGAAUUAUCGUCUGAUGGUGCUUUACUAUCGACCGGAUUCGAUCGAGGAGAAUAAUUAUAAGAAGCUGCAUGCUUACCUAAACGCUUCCGAGUGGCGUUUGGUGGAAGAUCGCGUUCCAGCAAACCAUCUUCCACUACUGAAUCGUGUGCUGCUACAAAAACUUCGACUGUUUUACUUUCAAGAGCAAACCGAGGACACUCACUCCAAUCACGUGGAAGAACGUCAGCGAAUAAUUUCAAAAAUCCUAAGCGAUAAAACGGGCAAACAUGUGCGUCCGCUGCUGCUCGAUCGUUCGACAAACGUUUGGUUUAUGGGACUGUUGGAAAAGCAGCAGCAAAGAAUCGUCGCCGAUUGGCUGCUUGACCGUGCCUAUUGUCCGCUGGAGGAAAUGAAAUACAUUCUGCUGGAAACCGCCUCCAAUAGCGAGCUGCUGGAAGUGUUUCUGGUGGAAGCUUACAAACGAAUUGCUAACCUGUUGAUGCGGUCGGAAGAAGUUUCUAUGCUGCGUGAUUUAAAUUUUGAAAAGCUGCUUGAACCGGAUGAAGAACAUAUUGUCCCGAAGCUGAGACAGCUACUUGAACAAUGCGCCAAUAAUCAGGAAAAAGAUAAAAUCGUUUUGAAAGCAACAACUGCGAACGGUUUGGAGCAUCUGUUGGAUGUGAUGGAUGAGAUACGCAUCGAUUUAUACGAACAGGGGAAAAAAUCGAUACUGGUUGCCAUUCAUUUGUUGCUGCUUGCAAAGUUGAAUGCUUGGCAUUCGGAAAAGAUUGCGGAACGCUUCAAAAAUCAACUAAUUAAAUUUAUCCUGCUCGGUACAGCAACAAACAUGACCAGAUUUAUCGCCGUUGAAACGUUGUUCAAAUUGUUUGGUUUAUCGCCCGUCGUGAUCAGCUUGUUUCAGCAAUUGAUCGAACAUCUAACAGAGGAAAAGUUUGAUGAAUUGAAAUCAAUUUUAGCGAACUUUUCGUACGAUAAUGAUGCUCAUUUUGAGCUGUUGCUUUUGAUAUACAACCUUGAGCAGAGGAAUAAAUCACGCAAUCGUAAAGCAACAAUAUCCCCCGACGAACGUAAAGCUUUCCUGGGCGAAUUGGUAACCGCCGUGGAUGGUUAUCUGCUGCAAAAGGAUGUAAAGAAACUGCGUAAACACGACACGGUUGGGUUCAAUCAUGCUCUGAAAGGAUGUUUAACUAGCAUCCGGCACAAAGCGGAAGGUCAAGAGGAACUGAGUGAGGAUCUUCGGGAACAUUUCCUUAGCUUCGUAAAGCAGGCGCUGAAGGUGUUUAGCUACAACUCCGAUAUGCUGCUAACAAGAUGUCUCAUCCACAAGGACUACCUCAAGCUGGACGUUUCCCUAACCAGCGCAAUCGAGGAAAAGUGUUGGGAAACGUUCAUCACGCUAAUGCAGGAAAAGAUCACCCAAAAGGACGAUCACGAGCACGGCGGUAUGGCACUGGACGAGCAAAAUCCAUCCGCCAGCCAAUCCGAUGAACAAAUGCGACGCAUCGAAACGAUCAUAACCUCGCUCGUUGGCCAUCUUUCGGAGGAACAGUACAUGGAAAAGUUAAACCUACUAAACCGGAUCGAUGUAACGAAGCACAGUAAGGAUACUGCUGGACCGCUAAAAAUCACCAUGGCCGUAUUUAACAUACUCUCGAAAAAAGGCCUAACGAACACGGUCUCGAAGGAAACGUGCAAAGUGUUUGUACGCUCGUUUGCGGCCGUUGUAGCACGCGAUGUGAUGGGACUGUGUGUGUUGAAUCAGCAUCAGCGCGAUCAGCAUUUGGUCGAGACAAUAUUGGAAUGUUUUGCGACCAUCAUCGCACACCGGAAGUUGGCCCUUUUUCCGGCUUUGCUCGAUUAUGUGCUACAGUUUCUGAGUGCAAUCAACAUUCGCAAGCACGCUUCGGUACAGCAGGGCGAAGAAGCUGCCUUCUUCCGAUUGCAUCGUUUAAUGGGCGAUGUAAUGUAUCAGCUGCUGAAAGCUCGUGCCAAUUACGUUUUGACGCGCCUUCCGAGCUAUAUGCACGUGUACGAAGGUUUACUGGGUGCGUUGAUCUGCUACAAAGGUGAUGUGGGGAUGGGAAAAGCUUUGAACAGUUUCGAAAUCCUUACCAUAUCCGAUUUGUUGCUUCCGUUGCAAAGGAUCGUUAAUAUUGCGUGCAAAAAGCUAGAGAAACAGCUGCACACGCUAGCACCGUACGUGUUGGGAAAAAUACUGGACACGAUCGUGCAGUGCAAGCGUGCGACUACCGAGCACAACCGAAUCGCCAGUAAUGUGUACAACAUUUGCUUCAGCCUGAUGGGCAUUUAUGAUUCGCAUGCACCUGCCUAUCUGCUGCGCACGUUGGACGAAAGCUGCCGGAUACUGUUUACGAACAUUACGAAACGGUAUGAAAGACGCAACGAUUUCAUCGGGUACAGGGCGCGAGGUAAGUCGGCUUGA